AUGAGUAGCCCUGCCGUCCGUUGCAUUUCAGAAUGUCUCGUGAAGCCACACCACUCCAACCAAGUCUCAAACCAAAUCUGGGAUUUAACACCUUGGGAUAUUGCUAUGCUCUCUGUGCACCACAUCCAGAAGGGUUUACUCUUCAUCAAACCUUCCACGCUUCAUCCACAUCAUUUCAUGGAGAAUCUGUUGGAGAAGCUCAAACACUCUCUUUCUCUCACCCUCUCCCGUUUCUAUCCAUUGUCUGGUCGCCUUGUCACCCACAAAACCCAACACCCUCCCUCUUAUAUUGUUUUUGUUGAUUGCAACAACACUGAUGGAGCUAGAUUCAUCUAUGCAACUUUAGACAUGACCAUAUCUGACAUACUCUCCCCUGUUGACGUCCCACCCACUAUUCACUCAUUCUUUGACCACCACAAAGCCAUCAACCAUGAUGGUCACACCAUGCCGCUGUUGUCCAUCCAGGUGACUGAAUUGGUGGAUGGUGUUUUCAUAGGUUGUUCCAUGAACCAUGUUAUUGGCGAUGGAACUUCGUAUUGGAAUUUCUUCAAUACAUGGUCUCAGAUCUUUCAAGCACAAUCUCAUCAAGCUCAAGCUCAUGAAUAUGACGUUCCCAUUUCAUACCAACCCAUUCAUAAUCGCUGGUUUCCAAACAAUUGUAGUCCGCCAAUCAAUCUUCCUUUCAAACAUCAUGACGAGUUUAUUAGCAGAUCUGAAGCAUCAUUGUUGAGAGAGAGAAUUUUUCAAUUUUCAGCAGAGUCUAUUGCCAAACUGAAAGCAAAGGCCAACUCGGAAUCCAAUACCACGGAAAUAUCUUCGUUCCAAUCAUUAUCAGCACUUGUUUGGAGAUCCAUAACUCGUGCGCGCUCCCCACCUAACGAGCAAAAAACAAGUUGCAGGUUGGCGGCAAAUUGUCGGUCAAGAAUGGAACCAACUCUGCCUGAAGAAUACUUUGGAAACUGCCUUCAUGCAGUAGAGGCAGAAACGACAACAGGGGAAUUGCUUGAGAAUGGCAUAGGAUGGGCAGCAUGGAAGUUGCACGUGGCUGUUGCAAACCUUAACGAUAGAGUGGUGUUGCAAUUUCUCCAACAGUGGUUAGAGUCACCUUUGAUAUAUCAAAUUGGUCGUUUCUUUGACCCGUAUUGUGUGAUGAUGGGUAGCUCGCCCAGGUUCAAUAUGUAUGGGAAUGAUUUUGGAAUGGGAAAAGCAGUGGCAGCUAGAAGUGGGUAUGCUAACAAGUUUGAUGGGAAAGUGUCAUCCUACCCAGGACGUGAUGGAGGGGGAAGCAUUGAUUUAGAAGUGUGCCUUUUGCCACAUAUAAUGAGCUCUCUGGAAUCAGAUGAGGAGUUCAUGAAUGCUCUUUUGCCAUCCAAUACAUUGUUCUAG